AUGUCGCACAACGAGACCACCCGUGCGCUUGCUCAGCAGCUCAGCGCCACCAGGGCUCCACUCCAGUUGCUCAAGACGGCACAGCAAAGGAAGCAACAAAAAGAAGACGCCGGAGACGUGAGAAGUGACAAGGAGACAGCGGGCCACGAGCCGUGGCCGACAGACAUGUGGGCGAGGUGGACGGGCGGCUGGGCCGGUGUCUCGCCCCGGGCCAGACUGGACAUGGAUCGGCUCCUCCAAGCGGACUCCUCCAAGAGGACUCCUCUCUACAGAGCAUGGAGCCAGACCACCCCUGCGUGA